AUGAAGACCAUUCUCAAGGUGGGAAGGUGUUAUGAAAAACUAGUGAGGGAAUUUCUGGUGAAUUUGUCAGUGGAAGUGGGACUUCCUGAAAGUAUUGAGUUUAGAAAGGUGUUUGUCAGGGCAAAAUGUGUUGAAUUCUCCCCUGCUGUGAUCAACAAAGCACUUGGUAGAAGUUCUGAUGAGUUUGUUGAUGAGGAGGUGUCUUUGGAUGUGAUUGCCAAGGAGAUUACUGCUGGCCAAGUCAAGAAGUGGCCCAUCAAGAAGUUGCUGUCUACAGGAACACUGAGUACUCUGAAGCAUGCUGACACUUGUGCUGUGAAGCUGCCCAUAUCAUUUCCAUCUCUUCUUACAGAGAUUAUUCUUCAACAACAUCCUCAGAUCCUCAGGGUUGAUGAGGUUCCUUUGCCAAAGGGUGUUCCUAUUACCCUGGAUCAGCGAUUGUUUAUGGAGCCACAUGUCAUAGACAUUGUUGUGCCAUUUAGCAGGACUUCUGACCCUGCUCCUGUGAGUGAAUCUAGCACUAAGGUCAUUAUUGCUGAAUUAAUGGAUGUUUCUAAGGCUCUACAGGAGAAUAUUAAGAUCAGCACUGCAAGGAAGCUAAAGGUUGAUGCGUUGCUUCUCAAGCUUCAAGAGGAAGAAGGUCAAGAGGGUGAGCCAAGUGGUGCUGCUGCUGCUCCUCAGGAUGCCAGCACUGAAGAAGAGGGAGAAUCUGAAGAGAAUAUAGAAGACACUAAAGGCGACUCCAGUUCUGAUGAUUAG